UUAAUCUAUUUAUAGAUCUCUCUCUCUUUUAUAGACUGUGAUCUCUGACAUUAGGCUUUUAAUCUAUUUAUAGAUGCCCUUAACAAUCAUGAUACUGACUGUGAAAAUCGUACACUUGGUAUGGAGGCAAGGCAACUUCUUGUUAUCAACGUUAAUACUUUACCUAUUAUUGAUAAUCCAACUUCCAUAUUAGAAAACGGAUUAUUAUUGUAUAUGACGUACGUCCUUGUUCAUAGCAAAGUCCGUCUUGUCACCUGACCUAGAGCACACAUGGAGAGGUAUAGCUCAUAAAUAUGAUUUUAGGUUGAACUUGAGUGAUUGUGUGUGUAGUUUAGUGACUGCAAAUGCGAGAAUAGUGUGUGGAAGUGAUCGCAGGAUACGCAUUUUGUGUUUAACGAGAGAUCGCAAGCCAUUUAUUUCCAAGUAUAUUGCAAAGUGUUUCUAUUAUAUAUUUUAGCCUAUAUUUGGCAUGUACAGAGACCAUUUCCGUGAAGCAUGGCACAUCUUUCUAGCAACAUUAUUCACUUCAGCUGUGUAUUGCUGAUUUUCAUGAAUAUGCCUAGCAAUAUUUUCUCUUCUAAAAUCUUAAUUUCUGCGAUAUACGGUGAGGGAAGCCAUUUCUUAGCAGGGGCGUCUCUGGGCGAAGGUCUUGCUCGGAAGGGCCAUGACGUAACAAUGCUAAUCAGCAAUGCCUACGAACAUCGUCUCGAAGAUCCCAGGUAUGCCAAUCUUUCUUUUGAAGUCUUCAAACACCCCGUACCUCCGGAAGAAGUCCGCGAAGCCUUCGCCUUCGCUAGCACCCUGGUGUUUAGAGACGACAAUAUUGAGUUCUUCAGUCUAAUGAAAAACAUGUCAAAGAGGACGGUGGAUGACUGUGAAGCAGUUGUUACAGACAAGGAGCUAAUGCUACGACUUGAGAAGAAUGAUGCCAUCAUUGUGGAUAUUACAUGGCCCUGUGCUCGGUACAUCCAAGUCGUUCUCGAAGAAAAGAUGAAAUCCCAACGGCACCGUACGAUGAUCAGUCUGUCCGCGACUAACCCGUGGAGUGGAUACCUUAAACUUGGAGGUGCUCCUGUGAAUUAUGCUUACUUCCCUGAAAUCUCAACCGGCUUCAACAACCGAAUGACAUUCAGUCAAAAGAUACUCAACAUCAUUCAAACCAAUCUAAUCGCUGUCGUCGGUGAACAGUUAACGCCACCACUUUACAGAGAAAUGGGGAAAAGGCUUGGGCUGAGACCUAAUAUUCAUCCUAUCUUUGAUAUGCAAGAUUUUGAUCUUCACCUACUUAACAUUAACUUUGCCUCUGAUUUUGUCACUCCUCUGUCGCCGAGCAUAAUUCCUGUUGGUGGUUUGACUGUGCGACCUCUUCAAACAUUAAAUGAGGAGCUGGAGGAAUUUGUUCAGAGUUCUGGAGAACAUGGCGUCAUUGUCUUCACCCUGGGUACCUACCUGGCUUCCAUUACAACGAUCAGACCCGAGAUAGUGACGAUGUUUGCCGAGGCUUUCCGAAGGCUGCCACAGAAGGUCAUCUGGCAGCUGAAGGAACUACCUGACUGGGAACUACCGUCGAAUGUGAAGGCUAUGCCCUGGCUACCUCAAAAUGACCUCCUAGGUCAUCCCAAGACUCGAGCCUUCAUGUACCAGGGAGGCAACAACGGUUUCCAGGAGGCCUGCUAUCAUGGGGUGCCUAUCGUGGUCAUUCCUCUUCAAGGAGACCAGUACGACGUCGCAGCCAGGAUCGAGGCACGGGGACUGGGAAAAAAGAUUGAAAAACUCGAGCUCAACGCAGAGAUCAUUUAUGAAACUCUUACAGAGGUCAUCAAAAAUCCAAGUUAUAAGAAGGUAGCAGACCAAGUGUCCGCCAUUUACAAGGACCAACCAAUGAGCGCACCCGACCGAGCUGCCUUCUGGAUAGAACACGUCAUCAAAUUUGGUGGGGCUUACAUGCGAUCUCCAGCCAAUGACCUCACUUUCAUUCAAUAUCAUCUUUUAGAUGUCUAUGCAUUCCUCACUGCAGUAAUUGUAAUAUUUUUAGCAGUAGUCUAUUAUACUCUUAAGUUUUGUUUGACUCGGUGUUGUCGCAUGAUCGGGCUUGGAAGCAGCCGAAAAUCAAAGACUGAAUAACAGUGGCACAUUUGAUAAAAUUAAAACUAAUUUGAUUUUCUUUAACAUUGUUUAGCAAUCAUUACUGAAAGCCUUCCAACUACAAAGAACACUGCAAAAUUAAUGGAAAUUAGUAAAAAAAAAAAAAAAAAAAAAAAUUAUGUUUCAUUUUUAUCAUCCUUUUGCGAUGCACAAGUUGGGCGAAUGAAGGUCCGACCCUUAUAUUCGACCCUUGUUCAUGUUCCGUCACUAUUUUGUUCCGAUACAAAAAUGGAAUACAUGUAGAUCAUGUACAGUACAUCAGUAGAGAUAUAUGACUAAAAGACAAGCUAAGUACUUGCAAUACUAAUUCGACCCUUCAUGUAGAUUUAUAAACAUUUCUUAAGUUAUGAAAGGUGUUGUAACUAUACUAAAAAGAAGGAUCGAAACAGACUCAAGUCGGUACAUAUAUGACCCUCGUCCUAAUAAAUAAACUUGUUGGCCAUCGAACCACAAAAUGAAUGUUUCACAUUUUAUACUUACAGUGAUAUUUGCCAGAUAUGAGAGUUUUAGUUCAAAAAUGUAAUUCUAUGUAAAAUAAAGACUUCUUAGACGGACUUUUAAUCCUACCUUAAUUUGUUUUAAGUAUAGAAAAUUAACCUAAAUCACAUUUAAAAAAUAUAUAUUACGUACUAAUUUGAUAUUCACAUUGGUGUGUAAAUUUGUUAAAAUUAUGCCUAUCCAGUUUCCAACAGUUUAACUCAACAUACGAAUAUUUUUUAAGCAUAAUAUCAGUAUACUAAUUAUAGGAUAUGUAUAUAUAUAUUAAAUCCACAAAAUACGCAAUAAACUAAACUCAUCAUAGAUAUUUGUAAUGAUAAUACAUAAAAGGGUAUCGCGAAUGUUUUUCAUAUUCUAUAAUGUUGCCUAAUGAAAUGUGCAUAUAUAUUUUCAAAGAUUCUUCAUUUGUAUAUGUGAUUGACAGAACAUUCUCUCGAUAUGAAAUCGCCAUUAAUGUUUCAUAAUUUGACAGUA